CUGAUGCCUGGCUCUGAUUGGCUGCGCGCUGCCAGAAGGCGGCCGGCUGCCGGGUCCUGGGUCCCGAGCUCCGCUCACUGGCGCGAGAUGCCCGUUCUGUCCGCCUGAGCGCGCUGGCGCCGAGGUGAGACGACGGGCGCACUGGCCGGCAUGGAGCGUGAGGAGAAGACGGGCGGUGGGCGGCCGGAGGUCCGGCCCACGCACAGCAUCGUCUGGAGGAACGUCGCGCUGAUGAGUUUGUUGCACCUGGGCGCCGUGUACUCGCUGAGCCUCGUCCCGUACGCCCAGCCGCUGACCUGGCUCUGGGCUUAUAUUUGUUUUCUGAUAACGGCCCUCGGAGUGACAGCUGGUGCACAUCGUUUAUGGAGCCAUCGGUCUUACAAGGCAAAACUGCCACUACGGAUGUUCUUGGCUGCUGCCAACUCCAUGGCUUUUCAGAAUGACAUCUACGAGUGGUCUCGGGAUCACCGGGUACAUCACAAAUACUCAGAAUCCAAUGCUGACCCUCACAAUGCCACUCGUGGGUUCUUCUUUUCUCAUAUCGGCUGGCUGUUUGUUCGUAAGCACCCGGACGUGGCAGAAAAAGGAAAGAAGCUGGAUGUCAGUGACCUUCUUGCUGAUCCUGUUGUUGUGUUCCAGAGAAAGUAUUACAAGACGUCUGUUUUAAUCAUGUGUUUCUUAAUGCCAACUUUUAUCCCCUGGUACUUCUGGGGGGAAAGUCUCUGGAAUUCAUAUUUCCUGGCUUCCAUUCUUCGAUACACCAUCUCUCUGAAUGUCACAUGGCUGGUAAACAGUGCUGCCCACAUGUAUGGAAACAGACCCUAUGACAAGAACAUCAGUCCAAGAGAAAACAGAUUUGUGACUUUUGGAGCACUUGGGGAAGGAUUCCACAACUAUCACCAUACAUUUCCAUUUGACUACUCAACAAGUGAGUUUGGAUUUCGGCUGAACCCGACAACGUGCUUUAUUGAUUUCAUGUGUUGGCUGGGCCUGGCAAGUGAUCGAAAAAGAGCCACAAAGCAAAUGAUUGAAGCACACAAAAUGAGGACUGGAGAUGGAAGUGCUUGAAAAGAAAUGGUCUCAAAUUCCAAGCAGAGUUUUCAUAUAUUUAAGUUUGUUGUUACUUUGACUUGGAUAUAUAGUCAUUGCAUUCCAAGCUUCUGACAAUGAUGCAUUUUGCUUUAUGGCCUUUUCACUUUGUUUCUCAAGUUAAUUUGAGUUCUUGAGUAAGUGUGUUGACUAUAUUCUACUGACUGCAAAAAGCCCUGCUUAAUCUGCCACCAGUGGUUUAAUGUAAUAAAUGACCCUUGUUUAAAGGGUACAUUGUAUUUCUUGCAUUGACCUCAGGAGAUUUGGGUUAAAUAAUGGAUCUAUGAAUCGGGCUUGUGAAAUUAUCCCCACUCUGGCAAGCUGAAUUAAUGUUCUUGCAAUAAAAUAAAUGUUUGGGCUUGAAGUGAUUAAAUUUGCAAGAUGUCCAUGUUGGUGGUGUUGAUAUUUGGUAUUUUACUUUAUUCAAAUCAAUGUGACCUUUGUAAUAGAAAGUAGUUGUUCAGGAGAAAAUGAGUGGUUUUGGUACUUUGCUGUCGAAGUGUAAGUGAUUAAGAUUUUUUAUUUAAUUUCAAGCAAGUUUUAUUUACUUCUAGUAUGGUGAUGAAUUGGAAAACUGCUGUGAUUUUUAGAUAAUAUGUGAUAAGGAGGGAUAAAGGUUAAAAUAUUUUUCUAUGAGGUUCAUCAGAUGUGGCAGAUAUUGUGUUUUAGGAAGAUAUUAAUAGCUAUUAAUCUUUUUGAGACCAAAUCAUGUAAUAAGUGUAUAUUUUACAUUAUUGAGGGUGUGGGUUUUCCAUGAAGAAUUGGGUCUCAUGCAUGUGCAGACAAAUGAAUCAGGAUCAGCAGGAAAUUGCUUUGCUCAUUGGUAAGAAGUCAACACAGAAUUAACAAACUACAAGAUACAAGAAACAUUACAAAACUUUCAUAUAAUGUUUUAAAAACUCCUGUGACUUAAAUUUAACUUUUUGACUCCUCUAUCAUCUGUUGUUUGUGCAUUAGAUUUCAAAAAUUAAAAAUCAAAACAGCUCCAAAAACAUCACCCAGCGGUGUUUUCAGAAACACCGCAGAAAUGGUUUUGAAAGGGGUGAUAAACGCACACACAACAAAAGAGAUUUAAUUAACGAAAAUUAUAACUAAACUUUUGCCUUUAAUAUUUUAAGCUAUUGAAAGGAAAUUGCAAUGGUUUUGUUACCAGUGAGCUAGAUGCUGUUCAGACUGUGAAAGAGAGCUGAGGAGGUUACUGAGAAGAGGGAAGAUGAAGUGCAAGCAGGAGAUACAUGUAUAGUAAUAUAAACCAAGCACUGUCAUAAUGCUUUAUAAUAGCUUGGCAAAGAUCCAUUUGUCCUUGGUGACUGUAAAGCAUUGUAGUGUUUAAUCAAGUAUGAAGACUUUGACAAGAUCCUGUGAUCGAUGUAAUGAACCAUAUCUAUUGAGUUCAUUCUAAUAGAUGCACUUAUUUAAUUCACUCAUCUUUUAUAUUGUGACAGAACUACACCUGGGUAAUCAGCAGUUCCUUCUUCGAGUUAAAUUGCCUUAGUAAUGAGUUAGGUGAUCCAUCUACUACUCUUUGUGUUUUACUCAUGAUAAAUCAGCAUACUACACCAAAUAUUUCUCUUGCAUCUGAAUAAACCAAAGUUUGACCUUGUCAUUAUAAAUGGAUUUGAACAUAGUUUGAUAAGUUAAGGUGAAGUUAGCAUACUGAAAUUGAAAACAAAAAGGUCAUCAACUUUAAAGAGUAAAUAUUAAUGAAAUCCAUUUUAAAAGCUUAAUUCGUAUGUCAAACAACUCUGAUCACAGCUUUUAAGAGGCAAAACUAUAAGUUGCCUGCUUCUCACAAGAGACCAAAUGUCUUUCAAAGACAAUAUUGGGAAUGAACUUGCUGAGCAUAUAAUUGCUUUCACUUGUGGGUUCAAUUGUGACUUUAACCUAGAAUGUGGGAAAGCAAUAUUUUGUGACAACUAGACACCUUAUUGCUUGCCCUGUAAUCAAUAUAGAGUAGGUUUAAAUUCUAAGUUUUCUGCCAGAACCAAGUUAAACUUGGUGCUCUUCUAUUAGGAAGGAGAAAAUUGGCUUAGGGUUCCCACUUGGAAUUGUUAUUCUGUAAGUCCUGUUAAAGUACAAGUACAUGGAAUAGUUGAUGUUCUCAUGGUCAAAUUACCCACUGGGUUUAUUAACAAGGUAAUCACACAUACAUUUUUCAGCAGCAUAUUCUGGUAAUUCCUUUAACAUCUUUUCAAUUAGUGACAUUUCAGCUUUGGGACUUUUCUUUAGCACUGGUUCAGUCCUCUGCUCUGGGCAUGGUGAUGGAUGUCUGGAAGACUAAUAAUGUGAUAGCAUUGGUUUUAAAGGAGAAAUAGAUGGACUGAGCAUGAAGAGGAAUUUCUUAGCCAGAGGUUGGUGAAUGUAUUUAAUUCAUUGCCACAGAUGGCUUUGGAGACCAAGUCACUGGGUAUAUUUAAAAUGGGUAUAUUUAAAAUGGUUCUUGAUUGGUAAGGGUGUCGAAGGUUACAGAAAGAAGGCAGGAGAGUUGGGUCAAGGGGGAUGAUAAAUCAGCUGUGAAGAAAUGGUAGAGCAGAUUCAAUGGGCCAGACGGCUUAAUUCUUCUCCAAGGUCUUGUGGUCUAGCAAAUUCAAGGGAAUCAUUGUCAAAUUAUUGGAAAAUAUCAAUAUAAUUCAGAUUAGGAAUGUAUAGAUUAAUAAGGGACAGCUAGCAUAGAGGAGUUAGGUUGUGUUUGAAGAAAUAUAUGGAAAUGAAUGAUAAUUUAUGAAGAUAUGAUAAGGAGGGUCAAUGAGAUAGAACAUUUGAAUGUAGUCUACAUAGAUUUUUAGUAAGUCAUUUGCCAAAGUCCUGUGUGGCAAAUUGAUAGGAAAUUGAGAGCAUGUGAUAUCUGGUGGGAUAGUGGCAAGCUAGAUUAAAACAUUUUGUCCGUAGGAAAACUGUGUGCUGUGAGUUUCUGCAGAGCUCUAUACAAUCCCCUUGCUUAGUUUUUUGGGAUAAUACAUUAAUAAUUGCUGAUUGAAAUAUAAAAACUAUGAUUUAACAUUUGCAAUUGAUGCUAAGGUUGGCAUUGUGAUUGACAGUGAGGAAGAGAGCUCAAGACUAUAGUUGGUUGACUUAAGGCAUAUAUUGUGUAUCCAGCUGAUGCAUGGAAUGUAAAAGUAGAGGUUAUAUCAGAAUUGUAUAAAGCUCUAAUUAGGCUCUGGCAGCAUGGUAUUGUGUGUAGUUAUUCACCAGAUUACAGAAUUAUAGUUGAGAAGUACCUCACUUCUCAACUUGUACAACAUUAUGAGAUGGCUAAACAAGGAUGAAUACAGAUUUGUUUUGCUUGGCAGUGUGCUCUACAAGAGUACAUAGAUUCCCUGGGGCAACAUAGUAGUGUAGUGUUUAGCAUAAUGCUUUACAACACCAGUGAUUCGGGUUUAAUUCCACUGCUGACUAAGGAGUUUGUACAUUCUCUACAUCAUUGUGUAUAUUUCUUCCGGGUGCCUCAGUUUCCUCCCACAUUGUCAAAGGCACACUGUAGGUUUGGUCACAUGUGUUUAACUGCACAGUGUGGACUCAGGCCAUGCUGUAUAUCUAAAUAAAAAUAACCAGAUGGUCAAAGAAUUGGAGGGUGGGGGGGAGAAUGCUAGAAAAUGUCAUCCCAAGCAAAUUAGGGGGUGUGGAACUUGCUGCCUACAAGGUGGUGGAAGCAACAGUAAUCACCACUGUUGGAAGUUACCUGGAAGAACACUUGAAGCUUGACCUGAUAGGUAGUGGAUCACUGCUGGCCAGGGUAGACAUGGUGGAUUGAAUGGCCAUCUCUGUAAAUUCCUGUAACUUGUGACUUGCUUCCCAAGUUUUUAUUGACAGUCCACAAUCUCGGGCCAUCUUCAGAAUAUAGGGUAUACUUCUGAUGUUGGUGUGUGUGACAACGAAUUGUAGAAAGAUUUUUUAAAUGUAAUUUUCAAAUAUAUUUCUUUAAAACUAACUAUGGCAACUGAUGCUGAAUUGUACAUAAUUCUAAGAAAGGUAGAUACUAUAAUCAAUCUUUAUUUGGAAUAUUUAAUGAACUGUGAAUAUAUUUGAACUUCAUUGGUUUUAUUUUGCUAUAACUAAGAGGUUAUUGGCAUCAAAUAAUGUCCCACAUUCAUUUUGGAGAAGAAUCCCUUGUGGAUGCAUUCCUGGGACUUCGAUCCAACCCUAGUUUACAGCAACCUGUUCGUAAUAGUGCAUGUUUGCACAAUUCUGUAAGAAGACACAAACCAGUUUUAAACUUGUGUACUCCUAAUGUUAGAUCUUGACAAAAGCUAGGGGUUAUUGGUUAUUAAUAUUUUCAAUCCAUCAACUACCAAACAUUUGCCAAAAUAACAGGAAAGGGGAAGAUGAAUGAAAGCAAAAGUCUCAUAACUAGAAUUGAUAUGACUCCCUAAAGCACUAUUCUGCUCAGUCUUUUGGAAUAUAUAUAUAUAUAUAUAUAUAUAUAUAUAUAUCUAUAUACACUAAUAUUCUAAGCAGGUGUCAGGUUUGAUUUAGUUAGGAUGUAGUGGUGUUUAUCAUUUCUGAUUCCCACAAAGAAGAAAAAACACAAAACUUGACAAGUGUGAGGGCUGUAUUAUGUUUUAGACUAUUUACAACUAUUUUGUAAAAGAAAACAAUACUAAACUCAAUUAAAAUUGAAAAUGCUGCCCAACUAGUGUUAUAUAGCAUCUUAUCAAAUUAUCUCUCCCACAUCCAACUUCUGCGUAGUGUUGUAUAUCUCAUCUGAACCAAAUCCUAAAGGGUUAUCUCACUGGAAAUGGCCUGGACAAGGACCUGGUAAAAUCUGAACUAGCUACUUACAUAAUCACAGAACACUGGAUCUAGAAUUUGUGUAUUUAUUUAUUGCCAUAAUCAUAGGAGUAUGAAACUCUUGGGAGAGAAUAGUGAACUUUUGAGGCCAUUUCUUGGAUGGAAAUUUAGAAUUCUGUUCUACGAAUACAGAAAUUAAAAGUAAAGUAGCCAGAAGUAAAACUGAUAUUAACUCAACUCAUUUGUUGAAGUAAAUAUUGUGUGCAUAUUAUAGAGUUUAAUGCUUUCUCAUUGAAUUAAUUGUAGAAUUCAAAACAACUUAAAAUAAAUGCUGCUAAUUUGC